AUGGCUGCUAAGAUCCCUUCCCUUCCCACAAUCCCUCUUGGCUUGAGGGCUCUAAGUCCCAUAAACCUUCACCCGAGCAUUGCAACGGGUGCCAGGGUAAGGAACUCGAGUUAUUCCCUCUUUCCCUUCCCUCCUGGGUCGGGUCUGGGGUACAGCGAACCCCAGUCUCCUCCCUCCCCCUCUCCACAACAUUUCCGGUCCCUAGGCAACCUGCCCUUGUCGCCGUGGAGACGCGGAGAGGGCGGGGUCGAGCAGCUGCCAGUGGCUCAGAAGCCGAGGCAGCGGAGGGUCCUGGGGGCAGGGGUGCUGGGGGCAGGGGCCGUCCUGGUCCGCACCGCCCCUCCCCCGCAGGGCCUGGCCCCUCCCCGCCUCGAGCCGUCCACUAGUCCAUGCAACGGACACUCCCAAAGGGGAGCCAAACCCCGUGGCGCGCCCCGCCCCCAACAAGCACGUGGGAACGGCGCAAACUUAAAAGGGUCCGCGCGUGGUCAAAGCCGACCCAGGAGCAGACCGGGAGGGGCUUCCGCGAGGCGGGGGGAAAUCCCAGGGGCCGCUAGAGGUUGCGGAGCAGGGCAGCCGAAGGAGGGUGCACGGGACUGGGGAGCCCGGAGCCCGCAGACACUCCCCAGCCCAGCCGCUGUCACGACAAUCCAGCCUGGACAAAGGCCAUCAGGCUCCCAGCACCACAUAGGAGUGUCCAUCCAAAGGGAGAAGGCACCAGAGGAAGAAGCGGCUGGAGAAGGGGCAGCCAAAGCCAACCGCUCUGCAAUCCCCAUUGGCCCGCCCAGCCUAGUCACCAGGGUCUAUCACCUUUUUGCAUUUGGCCUCUACCAACGGACAUAUAGCAAGGGCAAAAGCUUAAACAUUUCCCCCUCUGCUUUGGUGACACUUUCCCCUGCGUCCAUAAGUCAGCUGACAUCAUGCUACAUAGAGCACUGGGCUUAGUGCCAGGAAGUCCCGGAUUCAAAUCCAGCCUCAGACAUUUACUAGUCCUGUGAAUGUAAGUAAAUCGCUUAAUUUCUCAUUUAACUCAGUUUCCUCAUCUGUAGUGAUGAAGCAACCAAUUAGUUCAGCCUUUUUUGGAAAGAAACUUGGAUCUAUUCCCAGGCCACUAAACUGUUCAUCCCUUUUCACCCAGCAAUCCCACUAUUAGUCAUAUAACCCAUGGGGAUCAAAGAAAGAAAAGGGUUCCUAUGCACAGAUACUUAGAGCACAGAUACUUCUGAACCUGAAAUGAUGGGCUCCCCAUCCAUAUGAAAGCUAACAAGCAGUUAUGGUAGGCCUUUGUACCAGUAUGGAGGGACACAGAAGGUCACAUUUCAUUUCAUUACAAGUAAUGUAAUUACUUCAUUACAAGUAAAAGACCUUGUAAUGAAAAAAGAAGUCAGAAGAAGCAGUCUGGUUGGUACCUGUUUGAAGAGCCCCCUGAACUUGUUUUCUUGAGCUGCCCUGUUUUCCAGACAUGAAGCCUCUUAAAGUAACACAGCACUGAUGUUUUGCAACCGAAUUCCAUUAAGCAUUAAGCCCUUGCAGCAGAGCUUGGGUCUGCCUGAUCUGCCCAAAACAAUCAACUUUUGUGUGGCCCAGACUCUUUCAGAUAAAUAGAGAUCCUCCCUCCAUGACCCUGCUCCCUCUGAUCCCCUCCAUCUACUGUCCCCUUCCUCCUCUCAUACCACUUCCCGCUGGGAGAAAGCUCUCAUCCCAGGAGCCUCCCCCUUUUUGGACCCCAUAAAUAUUCAAGUUUCCAUCUGUACUUUGAACUUCUUGUUCUUGUUAUAGUGUUCUUGUUAUAGGGAGUUUCCGAAUGCAGGUCCCUUUCUCUUGUGAUAAAUCGUUACUACCCAUAUCUUCAGUUUCAAGUAUAUAUAGGUUGUUACAGAGUUAGAAGCAGGUAAGUCAUAUUUUUUAAUUACAGAAAUUUAGUUGAGGAAAAAAUUCAUGAUGAAAUGAAAUUUAACCUGUCUCCAAAUUUUAAAAUUCAGGGUUCUGCUGACUUGAUUUAUCCACAAAGCAGAUUAGAACACUUACCCUUCCAACAUCAAGAGUGUUGGCAAGAAGCAUCACCAAGAUCUUUUGGGACCUUCCAGUAAUAACAAGUAAAAUUGCCCCUUAACAAAAAUGAAUUAAAAUAAAGGAAGGAAAGAAAGAAGGAAGAAAGAAGAAAGACCCAUUUGUCAUAUAAGGUAGAUGCCUCUUCUCACUAGGCAUCCUAUUUUCAUGAGAAGAAAAGAAAAAAAAAAAGAGGUAGGGUAGGUUAGGAUUUUCCUUUAGAAACUACAUUGUCUAAUAAUUUAGUUUCUUGCCUCGGGAUCUACUUCUUGAUUCCUUUUUCCACAUGACUUCUAGAAGCUUCAAAGUCACACUUCCGUGUUUUGGGUAGGAUAACAACCUGUUGAAAUCUUGACAUUCCCAUGGCCUUUUAAUCAAGAUAUGAAAGAUUUCCCCCGAAAAUUCCAAAUGCAAACCAGGUCAUCCCCUGAUCCAGACCAUGAUCCACUUUCCACCAGUGACCAGCAUAGGACUCAGGCCCUUCUCUUUGCUGGUCUCAUAACAUAAGUGUCUGGUCCAGGUGCAGCAAAAAUGUAUCUACCAUUGGGGAUAAUUUCCCCAAAGUCACAAGAGGAUGAUCACCAUCAAUAAAUGUUAACUGUUGACCUGAUGCUAUAACCCCGAUUCACCAGAGUCCAUCAUGACAUCAUGGUUACACCAUUGUAGGGGAAAAGAGAAACGGAGCCCAAAACAUACUUUAUUAGAGAAGUCCAGCUCUCCUCCAACCAAGUGAACUUGAGACCUCCCUCUCCAUCUGAGGUGCCUUUCCUCGGGGCUCUAUUUUUUUUUUAGGAUUACAAUUAUGCUAAAACUAGAACAGCAUUUCAUUAAUGACCAUAUAAUGCCUAGAAUAAAAUAUGAAAAUCAGCAGGGUCAGGAGGUUGCAGGAUCAUCAGUGCUGGCAAUAUUUCUAUUGACAAGGUGAUGAGCUAGCCUUUGGAUUGGGCAAGGGGACAUAGCGCAUCCCCGAGAACAUCUCAGGGAAGGACUUUAGAGGCUUUCCAUCAUGUCAAUGUGGAUUGUAGGUGAAACACAACAGGGAUACUCCAUGUCAGUGUCCUCAUGAUCCUGUAGUUAGGCAAGUAGACCUCAUUCCUGGCAUGCAAGUAAUUUCCAUUAUGUAAGCAUGAAGUCUGCAAAAAACCUCUACCAGAAUCCAUAUUCCUAUAUGACUUAUACCAGGGGUCCUCAAACUACGGCUGCGGGCCAGA